AUGAAAAGAGAGAGCCCUUUUGAGAAAGACCAAGAUUGGCAGAUUAUCUGGGACGAAGAUGACCUCCCAGCACAGUUCCCCCAGCACAUUUACGGAACUGCAGAACGUCCCGAUAUUGUAGUCUGGUCUGAUAAAGGAAAGGUGGUCAUAUUAGUAGAGUUGACAGUUGGUGACGAGAGUAACUUUAGUGACCAAGUAGAACAUAAAUGCCUCAAGACCUCCGAUCAGGUGGGGAGCAUCAAAGGUCAACCCGGAUUAACUGAUGAAGGACCUUUGAGAAAGGACGACAAUAUUUGUCAAUGGUGCAAGCGCGAGUUCAAACAAGUCGCAAAACAUCUGUGGAGAUGUAAGAUGAGACCGGCGGAGCUCAUAACCGAGCCUCAGGUGAGGGGAGAUGACAUCCGUAAUAAUUUGUCGGAGCAGGGAACAAGCCAGGUUUACAACCACAGCGCAGAAACGGGACCUGCAAGCUCUGAUAUACAGUUCCACUUUAAAGACUUAGAACCGCCUGCCAUAGGGAUGGAGGCCACAAAGAAACUUAAACUACCAACAGCAGCAGAGAAGGGAGUAUGGAAGGGAAUUGAUGAAGACCUGAUUGUUUUGGUGAACAAUGUAGCAGCAGAGGACGUGGAGUCCCGACUGGAGAAGGUAGAAAAGCUGGUAUACAGCUAUCUGGAAAGCAGAUUCGGUGAAGAGGAAGCGAAGAAACCUCGUGUUCCCCAGAAGGAAAAGGAGAACAAGGAGACAAAAGUUAUUCGCUUGGCCAAGAGAGAGGCUAAGAGAAACAAGAAAGAUGCUAGGAGAAGCAAUGAUCAGAAUAUGUUGGCUCAAGCUAAGACUGAGUACCUGAGACUCGUGCGCUUACACAACAAAAGCCGUCGUAAUGAGCUCAGGAAGAAGAAGAAUAAGGAGAGCAAAAAGGAACAGUCACAGUUUAAACAAAACCCAUUUCAAUUUGGAAGGAAACUGCUGGACGGGGAUAAGAAGAACAAACCCCCUAAUUUCUCCAAGGAAGUGGCUGACAGAUUCUUUAAGAAUGAGUACUGUGAUAAGGAGAGAAGUGCUCUAUAUGUAAAGCUUAAAGGACUGCCCGAUGCCCCAGUACCAAAGACUGCAUUUGAGAUGGAGAGAUUGGACUGGGAUGAGUUUCAAACGAAGCUGAAAAGCCGUAGAAAUAAAUCAUCACCUGGUCCGAAUGGAGUCCCAUAUCUGGUAUAUAAGAGAUGUCCCAGAAUGGCGAAAGCAGUAUUCAAAUUGCUGGAUUCUCUAUGGGAAAGCCAGAGAGUCCCGCUGCAAUGGCGAGUAGGUGAAGCCAUUCUGAUAGCAAAAACUGAGGAUUUAGAUGACCCUAGUAAGUUCAGAAACAUCACUAAAACAAACACUAGUGGGAAGUUGCAGAUGGGAUUACUAGCGGACAGAAUGCUAGAGUAUAUGGUCAGCAAUAGCUACAUAGACACGUCUAUCCAGAAAGGAUUCCUGCGUAAGACACCAGGUUGCCUCGAGCAUACUCAGGCUCUGAUGGAAGAGUUGAAGGAUGCCAAAUCUAAUAGACGACAGAUCUUUGCAGUUUGGGUGGACCUAAUGAACGCGUACGGCCGGGUUCCCCACAACUUGAUAAUAUAUGCUCUAAGACAUUAUAAGUUCCCAAACUGGCUCAUAGAAUAUAUGUUUAAGUACUAUGAUGAGCUGAUUGUGAGAGUGGUGACAAAGGACUGGAAAACAAACUGGUUCUUUUAUAUGUUAGGUCUUUUUCAGGGCGACCCUCUAUCGGUUGUACUGUUCUUAAUAGUUUUCAACCUACUAUUGGAUCUCCUGAAAAAUCAAAGCGACUUGGGUUACAAGCCGUCUUUUAGUUCUAGCAGCACGUCAAGUCGUGCUUUUGCUGACGACCUAACUCUGAUGUCUCCCAGGCUGGAAAAGAUGAAGAAGCUAAUAGAUGUGAUGGAAAGAUUUCUUACUUGGUCAAGGAAAAUGAAAGCCAAGCCGAGUAAAUGCGUAUCCCUGGGGAUGAAGGUUAUAGAUGGAAGGUAUGUGUCCUAUGACCCUGAAAUUUUCAUAGAUGGAGCUCAAAUCCAGUUUAUUGGAAAUACACCGAUGAAGUUUCUUGGCCAUUGGAUAUAUGUGGAUCUGGGCCUUAAAGAUACCAAGAAGCUGAUAGAAGACAAACUGAUUACACUGUUUCAGGCAGUGGACGGAUCAGGCCUUAAUGGAGUGAUGAAAUGCUGGAUUUACAACAACCUCCUAACCAGCAAGUUCUCCUGGGACCUGAUGAUCUACAAUCUCCCGGUGUCCAAAGGUUACUCUCUAAAGAACAGCAAGGAUCCUAAAGUUAAGGAGGUCUACGAGCACAGGGCCAAGAAACAAGAAGGGAGCAGUCGGUGGGGUUACACUAAUGAGCUGAGUGCUAGAGAAAGAGAUCUCUACUUCAGAGAGUUAGUAGGGGUAACAGUGCAAGGCAGGAUGGGCUUGGGAUCCAAGAGGAGUGUAGCCAGUGAAAAGGAAAAACUGAAAGAACUGGUAUCCCACAUCUCAGAGCAGGAUAUCCUGUUGACACUGGUAGACAAGGGAGUUCAAGGACAAUUCUUAACAUGGGAAAACACCAUGCAGCUAGACCUAGGUUGGAACAACCUUAUUUACAACUACAAGAUGAGCCCUGCUCUUCUUAAGUUCCACCUCAAUGCAACCCAUGACGUUGCAAAUACUCCAGCAAACAUGAGCCUGUGGAACUAUGCUGACACAGGACACUGUCCACUUUGCGGAUGGAGACACUGCAACAUUAAGCACAUUUUGGUAGCUUGCAACUUCUCGCUGAACAACAAACGAUACAAUUGGAGGCAUGACAACGUGCUGCGGGUCAUUGCGAAAUCCCUACUGGAUCAAAUCGAGAAGUUCAACAACAAAGAUUUUAAACUUGAAGUUCAGGACUGGACAGGCUUCAAGUCAUCUAGCAGCUGUUACCAAAAACCGAAGACGAAGAUGAAAAGAGAGAGCCCUUUUGAGAAAGACCAAGAUUGGCAGAUUAUCUGGGACGAAGAUGACCUCCCAGCACAGUUCCCCCAGCACAUUUACGGAACUGCAGAACGUCCCGAUAUUGUAGUCUGGUCUGAUAAAGGAAAGGUGGUCAUAUUAGUAGAGUUGACAGUUGGUGACGAGAGUAACUUUAGUGACCAAGUAGAACGUAAACAAGCACGUUACAACAGAGAGCUUAUUCCUGGGCUGCAUGGCAGUGGGUGGAAAGCUCAGCUUUUUACGGUAGAGGUUGGGUGUAGAGGCUUCUGGCAUCAUACCUUACCAGCCCUACUAAACUACUUUGGUGUUACAAAGAGAGUAAAGAAAGCAGUGUUCCAAGAGGCGGCUUUGGUUGCUCUCAGAUGUUCCUAUGCAAUCUGGUUAGCAAGAGAAAACAAGAAGUGGAGUCCCUGCUACAACAUCGCACAAAGACCCACUGUUCUACCAUCAACUGAGUGA